CUUCGCCUCUCGCUACCCCCGUUUUAGAUCCGGAAAAUUAAAACCCGAAAAAGUCAACAUCCGACCCGUUAAAUGGAAGCGGCCGGACAUGGCGGAUUCGGGCGCGUCCUCAUCCUCGUGUUCUGCGUCGCCGGCAUCUGGUCCUCUUACAUCACCCAAGGCGUUCUACAAGAAACCUUAUCGACGAAGAGAUUCGGUCCUGAAGGGAAACGAUUCGAGCACCUGGCGUUCUUGAAUCUCGCGCAGAAUGUAGUGUGCUUGUUCUGGUCGCUGAUCAUGUUGACGGUUUGGCCGAGCAGGAGGGGAUCAUCGGGCGGUGGGGCCCCUUGGUGGAGCUACUGGAGUGCAAGCGUGACGAACACGAUUGGGCCGGCGAUGGGGAUCGAGGCGUUGAAGUACAUUAGUUAUCCCGCUCAGGUUUUGGCAAAAUCGUCAAAGAUGAUUCCUGUUAUGCUGAUGGGCGCUCUAGUAUAUGGUAUUAACUACACUAUCCCGGAGUACAUAUGCACCUUCCUUGUUGCUGGAGGAGUUUCAGCAUUUGCACUAUCAAAGACUAGCUCCAAGACCAUAAGCAAGCUUGCACACCCAAACGCUCCUCUUGGUUAUGGACUAUGCUUUCUGAACUUAGCAUUUGACGGUUUCACAAAUGCUACUCAGGAUUCCAUAAAAGCGAAGUACCCUAAGACAAGCGCUUGGGAAAUAAUGCUGGGUAUGAAUCUCUGGGGAACCAUCUACAAUGUGGUGUGUAUGUUUGGUUGGCCUCAAGCGAGUGGUUAUGAGGCAGUGAGAUUUUGCCAAGAGCACCCUGAGGCAGCAUGGGAUAUCCUAAUGUAUUGUUUGUGUGGAGCUGUAGGCCAAAACUUUAUAUUCCUCACUAUCAGUCGCUUUGGUUCCCUAGCCAAUACAACAAUUACUACUACCCGAAAGUUCGUCAGCAUUGUGGUUUCCUCUCUAUUGAGCGGCAAUCCCCUUUCUCCAAAGCAAUGGGGGAGCGUGAUUAUGGUAUUUUCUGGCCUUUCCUAUCAAAUUUUUCUCAAGUGGAGGAAGACUCAGAGGAAACAGAAGAUGAAAACAUGAGCAUGUACUUUGAUAGUUUUUAAUCUUUUUGGUAUGAUAUUGUCAUCUAUUCUUCCUUAUUUGAAUUGAGGGUUGGAUCCUAACAGGGUUCUCGUUGUCAGUUUUAGGUAGAGUUUAGGCUGAUAGAUGCCUGUGAGGAAGGGGUAUACAUAUGUACUUUAAUUAUAUUCUAAUGAAAAUUUGAAUUACUAGUUA